CCCCGCCCGCCUUCGGACUGGGGGUGCGGCUCCAGGAAACGGCGCGCUCGGGCUCUGCGCUCCGCUCUGCCAGUCCAAGGCGCCGGGACCGCUCGCACUCAGCCAGACCCACCCGGUGGAGCCCAUCGGCCGCAGGAAGAACGGCCCUGGGUCCGAGCCACAGACACCUCUGCACAGACCGGGUAGACAGAGCUGGCGACGUGGAAAGGAGCCCCGGAGACCAUGGGGACCCGGGCUGGGCCAGCAGCGGGGGUCAAACCGGAGCCCCGGGCCUGAGAAGUGGGCAGAGGGAGCCGUGAGGGCCAUGACUUCGGUGUGGAACCGCCUGCAGCGCGUGGGCAAGCGGGCCGCCAAGUUCCAGUUUGUGGCCUGUUACCAUGAGCUUGUAUUGGAAUGCACCAAGAAAUGGCAGCCAGAUAAGCUGGUGGUGGUGUGGACUCGACGGAACCGGCGCAUCUGCUCCAAGGCCCAUAGCUGGCAACCUGGCAUCCAGAACCCAUACCGUGGCACCGUGGUGUGGAUGGUCCCUGAGAACGUGGACAUCUCUGUGACCCUGUACAGGGACCGUCAUGUGGACCAGUAUGAGGCCAAAGAAUGGACAUUUAUCAUUGAAAAUGAGUCCAAGGGGCAGCGGAAGGUACUGGCCACAGCUGAUGUGGACCUGGCCCGUCAUGCAGGGCCUGUGCCUGCCCAGGUUCCUCUACGACUACAGCUGAAGCCCAAGUCAGUGAAGGUUGUGCAUGCCGAGCUGAGCCUCACCCUUUCAGGGGUGCUGCUACGUGAAGGCCGUGCCACGGAUGAUGACAUGCAGAGUCUGGCCAGCCUCAUGAGUGUGAAGCCUAGUGACGUGGGCAACUUGGACGACUUUGCAGAGAGUGACGAAGAUGAAGCUAAUGGCCCCGGGGCUCCUGAGGCCCGGGCUCGAGGCCCCCAGCCAGAUCUCUCUCGGGAGCUGAAGACACUUUGUGAGGAGGAGGAGGAGGGUCAAGUACAGCCCCAGCAGGCAGCUGUCAGCUCUUCUAGUGCUGAAGAUACCAGCCCUGCCCCUGUGAGUGCCCCUGCACCCCCGGCCAGAUCCUUCCGGGGCCAGGGGUCAGAACCAUCAGCUAUAGCAGGGGGCCAGGUGGGGCCUAAGGCCCCAAGGCCCCCAGGAUCCCCACCAGAGACAAGGUCCUCCAGGCAGCCAGGGCAGGACAUGGCCCCCACCCCAGCCCCUCGGCUCCGGAAAGGCUCUGAUGUCCCCCAGUCCUCAGUCCCCUAUAGUGGGGAUGUGGUCCCCAAUGCCUCAGAGGGCCCUCCAUCAGGAACGGGUUCUUCUGGGGAGACCCAGGCUCAGACAUACUCUCAGGAAAAGACAGAGACCCAUGGAGCCAGGCCAGGCCCAGAUAUUGAGGACAGAGGCUCCAGAGAUGCUUUGGGAGAGGAAAGACCCAAGGUUGAAGACAGGGUCAUUGGGAAGAGGCCAGAGGACAGUGGGGUGGACCCUGAGCAAGGGGCAAGAGUUAGAGAGGAGAACACUAGGCCAGGCAUCAUAGCUGGGGAGGCUGAAGAGAGUUCAAAACUCAGACGAGUAGAUGCUGAACAGAAGUCAGAGGUGCAACAUAUAGUCAUGGAGGGACCAGAGGCUACAGGGCUGAUGGCUGAGGCAAGGCUCAGGGCAACUCCUGAGGCUCCUCCUAGGAGUUCUCAUGGGAGGGUGGGGGUAAGGAUCCAGGAAGGGGCUCCCAGUGACCUGAACCCACCUCCAGCUGAAUCUGAAGGGCAUCCAGGGAAACUCAGGAGUGACAAGCAUGCUGCAGGCCAGGAGAGAGAAGGCACAGAGGCGAGGGGCAGAGCUCCUGGUACUGAUAGGACAGCCCUGGAGCAGGGCCCCUCUGCUGGGGCAGCAGGCACUGGGCCCCAGGUGAACAGGUUUCAUGCAGCCCCAUCAGCUGACCAGGGGGUGGCAUCUAAAGAUUUGAAGACCCAGGAGGCAGAAGCUGAGGAGUCAAGGCUCCUGGAAACAGAGGCUGAGAUGGCACCUUGGGUGGUAUUAGGGACCCAGAAGACACAUGCUGGGGGACCAGGAUCCUCCAAAAUAGAGACUGGCACAGCAGGAGCUGAAAUAUUGGGGUUUCAAGAGACAGAGGCAGCAAGAUCAGAGGUCCUGGAGUCAGAGGCUACUGGGACAGCAGAAUCUGAGGUAUUGGGGACUCAGGAGAAAGAGGUGGGUGUUCCAGGGAUGCUGGGAACAGGAGCUGGGAUGACAGAGUCUAAGGAAUUUGGGAUUCAGGAAACAGAAACUAGGGGUUUCACAGUUGCAGGGACCAAGGCUAUGAGAACACAAACUGAGAUAUUGGAGGCCCAGGAGAUAGCAGCAGCCGGGGGGCCUGGAGUACUGAAGACAGAGGCGAAGACACUAGCAUCUGAGGUACUGAGGCCUGAGAAGACUGAGGUUGGGGAGCCAGAAGCUGAACUAUCAGAGACCCAGAAGACAGCAGCUGAAGGCUCAGGGGCUCCAGGGAUAGAAGCUGAGAUGGUAGGGUCUGACAUGGUGGGAGCCCAGGAGACAGAGAUGGGGACUUGGAGGAGUCCUGGGUUAGAGACAGAAACAGGAGAAGCUGAGACAUCAGGGACCCAGUGGAGAGCAUCUGUGGAUUCAGGGCCCCCAGGGAUACAACCUAGAAUAGUAGGGGCCCAGGAGACAGAGGUGGGGGAUCCAGAAGUUUCUGUGAUAGAAACUGAGACAGAAGAAGCCGAACUAUUAAGGACCCAGGAGAUAUCAGGGAGUCCUGGGGUACUUAGGGUAGAAGCUGAGACACCAGGAUCCAAGAUUUCAGGGGCCCUGGAGACAAGGGUAGGAGAUUCAGGGGUUCUGGAGGUAGAAACAGUGGAAGCUGAGCUGUUGGGGACCCAGGAGAUCUCAGCUGGGGCUCCAGAAGGGCCAGGGACAGAAGCUGAGGUAGAAGAGACUGAACUCUUGGAGGCCGAGGAGAUGCCUGGGGGUUCUAGGAUACUGAGAACAGAGACUGAGACAAUAGAAUUGAAGAUAUUGGGGGUCCAGGAGACAGAAGUGAGGGCUUUGGGGAUCCCAGGAAUAGAAAAUGAAACAGCAGAAGCUGAAAUAUUGAGGAUCCAGAAGGCAGAAAUAGGGGGUUUUGAGGGUCCAGUGAUAGCUGCUGAGAUGGGAAAGUCUGAGAUAUCGGAGGCCCAGGAAACAGAGGUUAGGGAAUCAGGGGCUCUGUGGAUAGACAUGACACAGCCUGAGAUGCUGGGAACCCAGGAGAUAGAAGUUGGUGGCUCAGGGAUCCCAGGGAUAGAACCUGAAAUAGCCAGGGCUCAGGAAACAGAGGUGGGGGAUUCUGGGACUUCCAGGCCAGAAGCUGGAACAGUAGAGGCUGAGGUUCUGAGGGCCCAGUGGACAGAAACUGUAGUUACGAAGUUAGAAGAGGCAAAGACAGAAACUUUGGCAAUCCAGGAGACUGAGACCUGGGGAGCUCUCACAGUCACUGAGCAAAGAGUUUCAGGGGCUCAGGCAAUAGAGGCAGAAGUAUCCAGGACACCAGAGACAGAGACUAAAGUUCUGUUGGGAGAAGCAGAGGACAAAUCUUUGACUUUGGGGCCCCAGAAAGCAGAGAUAGCAGUUUCUGAGGCCCUGGAAAAUAAAUCUGGUAUUUUUGAGGCCCAGGAAGCAGAAUCUGGGGUCUUGGGAACCCAGAAGGGGAAAGAAGCUGAGGAAAGCCUCCCAGAAGCCAGCUUGAUUGAGGCACAGGUGGCCAGUAGGGCAGGGGCUGGGGUACCCAGGCCCUCGGGGGCCUCUUCCCCAGAGGAGCCCGAAGAGGACGGGAGGCUGCCGGGCAGCCAGGCACCACCUACUCUGGUCAGCUCCAGCCAGUCCCUGCUAGAGUGGUGUCAAGAGGUCACCAGUGGCUACCGUGGUGUCCGUAUCACCAAUUUCACCACAUCCUGGCGCAACGGCCUGGCUUUCUGUGCUAUUUUACAUCGGUUCUACCCAGACAAGAUUGACUAUUUCUCUCUUGAUCCAUUGAACAUCAAGCAGAACAACAAACAGGCUUUUGAUGGCUUCGCGGCCCUGGGUGUGUCUCGGCUGCUGGAGCCAGCGGACAUGGUUCUUCUGUCGGUGCCUGACAAGCUCAUCGUCAUGACGUAUCUGUGCCAGAUCCGUGCCUUCUGCACUGGGCAGGAGCUGCAGCUGGUGCAGCUGGAGGGCGGCGGCGGCUCCGGCACUUACCGCGUGGGCAGCGCCCAGCCGAGCCUGCAGGACGACCUGGACGCCGGCGGCCUGGCACGGCGGCUGCGCGGCCACGGGACCGACGUAUCCAAGGAGCCCCGAGAGGCCGGGAACAGCGGGGCUGGGGCGAUAUCCAAGGCUGCCUCCAGUGACGCAGACCCGGGCUGUGCCUCCAAGGAUGGCGAGGCCAAGGCUGUCAGGGAAGAGUUGGCCUCCAGCGGCCCCGGAGUGCGCUUGCUUGUGGCCCCCGCAGAGGGGCUGAUGAACGGGGCUGGGGCGUCGGGUGUGGUGGGCGCUGUGAAGCUGAGACGGGCAUCCGUCAACGGAGAGUCCGGGCCUGUGCCACCACCCCGAGCGCACGGCUCCUUCUCCCACGUGCGCGACGCGGAUCUGCUAAAGAAGAGACGUUCACGGCUGCGGAACAGCAACUCCUCUGUGGAUGACCCAGACUCUGGAGCUGCGGGAAGCACCGGACCUGUGGGACCUGGGGCUGCCGAAGGCCCUAGCCCUGACUCCAGCCUUGACCCUAGCCCACUCACAGACACAGCCCUGCAGCAGCCCUCUGGUGGGAACCCUCCUUCAGAUGAGCCACCCCCAAGUCCAAGAGAGGAGGCUGGACUGCAACGAUUCCAGGACACAAGUCAGUACGUGUGUGCAGAGCUUCAGGCCCUAGAACAGGAGCAGAGACAGAUAGAUGGCCGAGCAGCUGAGGUGGAAACGCAGCUGAGAAGCCUCAUGGAAUCAGGUGCCAACAGGCUGCAGGAGGAGAUGCUGAUCCAGGAGUGGUUCACACUGGUCAACAAGAAGAACGCCCUCAUCAGGAGGCAGGACCAGUUGCAGCUUCUCAUUGAGGAGCAGGACUUGGAGCGGAGGUUUGAACUGCUGAGCCGGGAGCUGCGGGCCAUGUUGGCCAUUGAAGAGUGGCAGAAAACGGUGGCGCAGCAGCACCGGGAGCAACUCUUGCUGGAAGAGCUGGUGUCUUUGGUGAACCAGAGAGAUGAGCUGGUCCGGAACCUGGACCACAAGGAGCGGAUCGCGCUGGAGGAAGAUGAGCGCUUGGAACGCAGCCUGGAGCAGCGGCGCCGCAAGGUCAGCCGGCAGCUGAGCCGGCGGGAGCGCUGCACGCUGAGCUGAGCUGAGCUGAGCUGGGCUGAGCUGGGCUAGCCUCCACCCUCCUGGAAGCACUCGCCUUCCGUCUGUGCAGCGGAGGAUCUGGACCUCCAGAAAGCGGAGCACAACCUGCAGCCUCCAACGUCCCGUCAGCCUGCAGAAACAGGACAGUGGUGGGGCGCCUGCGCCUGCCCGGUAGUAUUUAUUUGUUUCUCUGAGUGUUUGUGUGUGGUGCAGACCCCCCUCCCGCGCGUCUGCAAAGGGAUGGCUGAUGGCUCUGGACCUGUGGCCCACAUCCUCCUCCCCUUCCUUUGCCUCUGGAACAAUAAAAUUGGACAAGGACAAA